UGCACUUCCUUUAGGAUAAAGCAUUAAUCAUCAAUUGUGUCCAGCCUUUCUGUUUUCCUUCCACUUUUUUUUCUGGGGUCUAUUUUUCUUUCUUUCUUUCUUUCCCUUUUUGUCCCCCACCCUCUUGUCUUUUUUCAAUGGGGAUAACCUGGUUGGUGAGCUGAAUUCCAGCUGCCCAGCAUUGACUUCCUUAGAUCAUGGGACGCUCGUUCUCCUUCUGCUUCUUGAUUUUCUGACCCACUGCCUUUAUUUGGAUUCUGGGCUCCUCUUAUAACCUGUCGAAAAUGGACAUUCUUGAAUGUUAGCACUCACAAUAUUCUUGUCCUGUUAUUACCUGAGUUAGAGAAAUGGCAAAAUUAAGGGCUAUGAGGUGUUUCUCAUUCUCAAACACGGACAGAAAAGAUGAGCCAAAGACUACUAAGUCUAUUUCGGUUCGCUCCUCUACUUCAACAUCAACUGAUCCUGAGGUGAGGAGAUCAGGUUCUGAAUAUAAUUCUCUAAAUGUCUCGGACAUCAGCACAGGAUCUUCUGUGGGUAUGUCGCUUACAAGCGCGUCUCCAAGACCAAGCAACCUCAGGGUCUUUUCAUUUACAGAGCUCAAGACAGCAACAAGGAAUUUUAGCCGAUCCCUAAUGAUUGGAGAAGGAGGUUUUGGUGGUGUGUACAGGGGUGUCAUAAGGGAUGUACAGGAUUUGGACAAAAAACUUGAUAUUGCUGUGAAACAGCUCAGCAGAAGGGGAUUGCAGGGACAUAAGGAAUGGGUGACAGAGGUUAACGUUCUUGGCAUUGUUGAACAUCCAAAUCUUGUCAAACUGUAUGGCUAUUGUGCUGAGGAUGAUGAAAGAGGAAUCCAACGCCUUUUGGUGUAUGAAUACUUGCCCAACAGAAGUGUGCAAGAUCAUUUAUUCAGUCGAUUUCAGACACCUCUGCCAUGGGCCACCAGACUGAGGAUCGCACAGGAUGCUGCACGGGGAUUAGCAUACCUUCAUGAAGGAAUGGAAUUUCAGAUUAUCUUCAGAGACUUCAAAUCAUCUAACAUUCUCUUGGAUGACCGAUGGAAUGCAAAGCUUUCAGAUUUUGGAUUAGCCAGGCUGGGACCUUCUGAUGGUUUUAGCCAUGUCUCCACUGCGGUAGUGGGUACCGUUGGAUAUGCUGCUCCGGAGUAUAUUCAAACGGGGCGUCUUACAUCCAAGAGUGAUGUGUGGGCUUAUGGAGUCUUUCUCUACGAACUUAUCACUGGCAGACGUCCUUUGGACAGAAACCGACCCAAAAAUGAGCAGAAACUGCUGGAAUGGGUCAGGCCACAUCUCGCAGACAUUAAAAAGUUUGAGCAGAUUUUGGAUCCUCGGCUAGAUGGGAAAUAUUCUUUGAAGUCUGCGCAAAAGCUAGCCGCUACAGCCAACAAAUGUUUAGUAAGGCAUCCCAAACAUCGUCCGAGAAUGAGUGAAGUUCUGGAAAUCGUAAACAAGGUUGUGGAAGAAAGUGUGAUUGGAAGUCCUCAAGGUCCCAUUAGUUCAAGUGUGAAACAUUUUGAAGAAAAAUCCAAGGUACAAGGACCAAAGAGAAGAUUUGUGGACAAUGUAACUGGAGAAAAUAAAUGGUUGCUUUGGAGAACAUGGAAACCUAAGCUUGUGAAGGCUACUUGAAGGUAAAAAAAAAAAAGAAAAACUAGAGCAGAUUUUCUCUUCAAUUAGAUGAAGCUCAUCAAGUCAGCAGCUUCUUUUCUAAGUGCAAUUUAGCUUCAUCUAUUAAAAGCUCCACUUGCGCCCU